AUGAACACGACUGAUGAGACGUUACAAUCGAAAAAAACAGAUAGUGAUACACCUCAGUAUAAAUGGGUGAUACAGCCGCCAGAUGGCGGAUUUGGUUGGGUCAUCGCACUUGCUGCCAUGAUGUGUAAUUUGUUAAGUAAAUCGAGUGAAGCAACAAAUUUAUUUGAUUUCAGUUUACAAGAGUCCUUCAAAACAACCGACAUGUUAAUCUUGAUGGUUGGAUCGAUUCCGUGUGGUGUCUACAUGUUGGUAGGACCAAUUGUUAGUGGUUUGGCAAAUAAAUUUGGUUGUCGUCCAAUAAUCAUAACUGGGAGUAUAGGUGCGGCCAUGUGUAUGAUACUAUCGACGUGGUCUAAAAAUGUUUAUCAUAUGAUGAUUAUUUACGGCGUAUUUGGAGGUAUCUUCUUUGGCAUGGUGUAUUUGCCAUCUAUUGUUAUGGUUAGUUUUUAUUUUGAUGAAAAGCGAGCAAUUGCUAAUGGAUUGGUAACCGCUGGCACAGGCAUUGGUGCUCUCUCUUUUGGACCAUUGGCUAAUUUUUUAUUUGCUAAAUUUGGAUGGCACAUAGGAAUGUAUAUAUUUGCUGGUAUGAUGUUAAGCUGUAUACUAUUUGGAGCAAUUAUGAUACCGUUGAUGCCUAAAAAUGGCGCGACAAAAAAGUAUGUCACAGCAUUACCAAAAAUGUCACAUUGUUACUUUAGUAAAUUGGGUUUUAUAAACAAAAAGGCGCCAUUAUUGUCAACACCAAUAAUAGCCUCAGGUGAAUUGCGAAGAAGUGGUGAUACCACAGUCAUUGUUUCCAGUGCUGAUGAUUUAACUCCACCUUUAAAUAUUUCUUCUGAAUAUCCUCGUAUUCGAACAUUAUCAACAUCAAGUAAAGCGUCAUCGGGUGCACGACAGAAUUUAUCCGCUUUUACAAAUCCUGAAGAUGCUGGAAGACCAUUAUACAAAAAAGAUAUUUUCCUCAGUAGUACACAAAAUCUCUAUCGAUCAUCAUCAGCAUUUAAUUUAUCUGCAGAAAGUGGUACCGGGAAAUAUAUGGCAUCAAUAACAAAUAUUCCCACUCAGUUGCAACAAGAACAAGGAACAGUGGCUGUAUCAGCCGAAAAAACCAGUCGUUUUAAAGCAUUUAUAGAUAUUUUAGUGGCAAUGCUUGAUUUCAGCAUAUUGUCAAACAAAAAAAUGUUAUUAAUAUGUAUUGGAAACAUUUUUUCAAUGUUAGGUUAUUAUUUACCGAUAAUGUGUCUCGUUUCGUUUGCUAUCGACGACUUGAAAAUGGAAAAAACAAAAGCAAGUUUUUUGUUGACAGUGUUUGGUGCAGCAAAUACAUUUGGACGUUUUGCGGGCGGAUGGUUGAUUUUCAUUCCAGGACUUAAUGCAUUAAGAGUGCAUAAUGCUCUAUUAUUCAUCGCUGGUAUAUUAACAUGCUUGGCAGCAUAUGCAUAUGAUUUUAAGACAGCAGCGCUUUACGCUGGAUUGUGCGGUUUUGCUAUUGGUAAGGAAACACACCUUUGA